AUGUUCCGCGAAAAGGUUCGCGAGAAGCGCGCCGAAGAGGUCAACAUUGAGCUACAGGACGAGCAAGGAAAUGUCGUCGUUGAUUGGGACGGGGAAGAUGACAAGAGCAAACCUAUCAACUGGCCCGCAUUGGACAAGUUCAUCAAUGUCGGUCUUGUCAGUAUUCUCACGUUCAUAGCGUCCGUGGCGUCUGCGAUGUGUGCUCCCGGUGUUCCAGACAUGAUGGCAGAGUUCCACAGCGACAGUCAGAUUUUAUCAUCAUUCAUAGUAUCCAUUUUCAUCUUAGGGUACGCCGUGGGCCCAAUGUGA